AUGAAGGAGUUUUUCGAUCUCAAGUGUCGGUACGAGGACAUGAGUCCGGUGCUGAUCCCGGCCGGCUAUACGAGGGACUACAUCGACGGCAAGAUCACGGCCGGGGACCAGCUCAAAGACGUGCACACAGCGUUCCAGAACGUGAUGGACGAGAGCGAUGUGGUGGUUCUGGAGGGUACAGGACACACGGCAGUGGGGAGCGUCGUAGACCUCAAUAACGCGCAGGUGGCGAAGGCGCUGAACGCUGACAUGAUCUUGGUCGCCAACGGUGGGCUGGGGUCCGCAUACGACGAGCUGGAGCUCAACAGAGGGAUCUGCGAGAAGUACGGCAUCAAGGUUCGAGGGGUCGUGCUUAACAAGGUUGUUCCCGGCAAGCUUCAAAUGGUCAAGGAGUACUUCGGCAAGCUGCUCAAGAGCGCCUCCUGGGGGGGGGGCUGUCGGCGAAUCCACGGCGCCCCAGAAAUCCAACAAGCGAUUGCUGGGGCGCGGUGGGGUUCGUCGACCCCCCCCCCCCUCCAGGAGGAGCUUCACCCCGCCGUAGCCUGAAGAGGGACGGAAGAGGAUGCGCCGGCAGACGACUAUUGCCCGUUGCCGUAUACUAUUUCUAUUUGUGUCGAGAGAGCUAGCUCGACAUGUUUUCACUUUUGUGCGAUACUUGGGACGAUGUGGGUGGGUACUGUGUUCGCUGCGUUGUGUGCGCUAGGUUGAAGGUUGAGCACGUCAUCGAGUGCAGGCUUUGUUUUUUGUUCGGGAAAGUGGCCCCGGAAAAAAGGAGGAGGUUUUUUCGGUUCGGGACGGCGCCCCCAUAGUAAGAGCCAGUGCCGGGCGCGUUUUGGCGCCUACGGCGCGGGCGCUGGGGACCGGGCGGGCACCCGGACAAUCGGGCAGUGUGCCGAUGGCCCAGGCACUGCCACCCGGCCCGAGAACCAUGGCCCCGGGCUUGCGUCGGCUGCAUUUUAACUACCCGAAGCCGAAACGUUUUGAAGCUCUACACCUAGUAUUAUCUCGUUCCAUGACUCUUACUACGUGCCUCGGGUAGGAUUACUUUGUAUUGUUGCCAUGAUGCUUCGUUUUUUUAUGCUGUAGAGGUGUUUCGAAGACUUCUUGCUGUCUCCUCGGGUCUCCUUGACGCUUCCGGACAUGGUAAACUAGAGGUUGAGGGGGGUGGGAGACAUACAGCAGUGCGGGCCCGCAGAAACGGGAAAGUCUGAUCUAGGUUCAAAUUCUUAUUUCGUCACCACCGUCAAGUACAGGCUAUCGUAUUGAGUUUACAAUGGAGUAAGAUCCUCAGGCUAAGCUGUGGAUCUAAGACGCAGCGAUUUGUUUUUUCGUGAAAAUCUGAAUCUCCGUUUCUCUAAGCGUUGUUUCGAGACUGCGGGCCCGCACUGUGUGCUAUAUUAGAGGAGAUGUGGCGCUUACGUGACGGAUAUUCCGGACGGGAACGCAAUCGAGGAACGAACUUGACUGGCAGCACAUUUGCUCUCUCUUGUCAUUCAGUCCGUCUGCAUGUUUGAAGCCCCAAACCCGU